GCUCCACACUCUUCACUUCCCUGCCCAAAAGCAACUUCCACCAACCAACCUCUCUCUUUCUCUCUAUUCUCUUCUCUCUUCUCUGUUUUCUCAACCCUAAAAAGAGAAAAAACAUCAUAAAAAUCGAAACUUUAUUCUGUAACGUGCAUGAUAAUCAAGAAUAUAAUCCAAGAGAUCAUGUGGCCGAGGUCGCACCGCGUGGUUGUGGACGGCGCCGACUACGACUCCGACGGUGGGGGCGGUUCCACCUCCUGCUGCUGGGCGAAUCUGCCGCAGGAAUUGCUCCGAGAGAUUCUCCUGAAGAUCGAGGCGUCGGAGAGCGCGUGGCCUUCUCGGAAAAGUGUCGUCGCUUGUGCCGGAGUUUGUAGAAGUUGGAGACAGAUUACUAAAGAGAUUGUUAAAGUCCCUGAACUUUCUGGUUAUUUGACUUUCCCCAUCUCCGUCAAACAGCCUGGACCAAGGGAUUUUCUCCUUCAGUGCUUUAUAAAGCGCAACCGGUCUACUCAAACAUAUCACCUUUACCUCAGUCUAACUAAUGCACUAGCUGAUGAUGGAAAGUUUCUCCUUGCUGCCCGCAAGUGCAGACGCCCCACCUGCACUGAUUAUAUCAUAUCUCUACAUGCUGAUGAUAUGUCAAAGGGGAGCAACACUUAUAUUGGGAAACUGAGAUCAAACUUCUUAGGAACCAAGUUUAUAGUCUAUGAUGGGCAGCCUCCUCAUGCUGGAGCCAAGAUGACAAGAAGUCGCUCCACUAGACUAGUAAAUUUGAAACAAGUUUCUCCAAGGGUCCCACAUGGCAACUAUCCAGUUGCUCACAUCUCAUAUGAAUUGAAUGUAUUAGGCUCCAGGGGUCCUAGGAGAAUGCUCUGUAGUAUGGAUGCCAUUUCUGCUUCUUCUAUCGGACCUGGAGGAGUAGCCCCAACACAGACAGAGUUUUCUCUGGGCAAUGUGGAUUCCUUCCCAUCAAUCCCAUUUUUCCGGUCAAAAUCAAAUCGCUUGGAGAAGUUCUUAUCUGGACCUUUGACCAGUCAGAAAGAGGGAUCACUGGUGUUAAGAAAUAAGGCUCCCAGGUGGCAUGAGCAGCUCCAGUGUUGGUGCUUGAAUUUCCAUGGACGAGUAACAGUUGCUUCUGUGAAAAACUUUCAGCUAGUAGCUUCUCCUGAAAAUGAACCGCCACGGCCAGAACAUGAGAAAAUCAUUCUGCAGUUUGGAAAAGUGGGGAAGGAUUUAUUUACAAUGGAUUAUCGAUACCCGAUAUCUGCAUUUCAAGCAUUUGCAAUCUGCCUUAGCAGCUUUGACACUAAGAUUGCUUGUGAAUGACACAUGGGCUUACAGGAGCAGCAAGUUUGGAGGUCCCAUUGCAAGUUGCUGUAAAAUAAGUUUGUUUAGGGGAGUCUGAUACUAAACGCAGAAAGGAGAUAGACGGAAAGGAGAUGUCAGAUUCUUUCAAGGUCUUGGUGACUUGGCUUAAAUUCUGCUAUGAUCAAACUGUGAGAGGACGUAUUGAUUUUAGUGAUCCUAGAACAUUUGAACCUUAGUCAUCUGUCUUCCUCUGUAUAUUUAUUUUGAUUGUGUACAUAGUUUCACUGUUUAUGAAAAAAAAAAUAGCUUGGCUCUUGCUUGUUUGCUA